GGGAGGGGGUCGGGAGCUGUGGGGGCCAGAUUAACCCAAGCCCUCCCACUGCACUGGCCGCCAUGGGGCUGAGACUGCUGCUCCCAUUGCUGCUGCUGUGGUCUCCGGGGACCCAGGGGUCCGAGCUGGACCCCAAGGGGAAGCACGUCUGUAUGGCCAGCAGCCCCUCUGCUGAGCUCCAGUGCUGCCCAGGCUGGAGGCAGAAAGAUCAAGAAUGCACCAUCCCCAUCUGUGAGGGGCUGGAUGCCUGCCGGGAAGAUGAGGUGUGCGUUAAACCAGGCCUCUGCCGAUGCAAACCUGGAUUCUUCGGGGCGCAGUGCAGCUCUCGUUGCCCGGGCCAGUACUGGGGCCCCGACUGCCGUGAGAGCUGCCCCUGCCACCCGCACGGCCAGUGCGAGCCGGCCACGGGCGUGUGCCAGUGCCAAGCAGACCGCUGGGGCAGCCGCUGCGAGUUCGCGUGCUUCUGUGGCCCCCACGGACGCUGCGACCCCGCGACGGGCGCGUGCCGCUGCGAGCCGGGUUGGUGGUCGCCCACGUGCCGCCGCCCGUGCCAGUGCAACCCGGCGGCGGCGCGCUGCGACCCCGCGACGGGCGCCUGCCUGUGCGAGCCAGGCUGGUGGGGCCGCCGCUGCAGCUUCCGCUGCGCCUGCAACGGGUCGCCGUGCGCGCAGGAGUCGGGCCGCUGCGCCUGCCGGCCGGGCUGGUGGGGCCCCGAGUGCCGGCAGCAGUGCGAGUGCGCGCGCGGCCGCUGCAGCGCCGCCUCCGGCCAGUGCGCCUGCCCGCCCGGCUUCCGCGGCGCGCGCUGCGAGCUGCCCUGCGCGGCCGGCAGCUACGGGCCGCAGUGCCGAGACCGCUGUGGCCACUGCAAGCAGAGUGAGCCGUGUUCUCCAGACACAGGCAGCUGUGCGUCCUGUGAGCCAGGCUGGAACGGGACCCAGUGCCACCAGCCCUGCUCACCUGGCACCUUUGGCGAGAGCUGCAGGCAGCAGUGCCCCCGCUGCCGGCUUGGGGAAGCCUGUCAGCCAGACACUGGGCACUGUCAGCGCUGUGACCCUGGCUGGCUGGGGCCCAGGUGUGAAGACCCCUGCCCCACUGACACCUUUGGAGAGGGCUGCGGCUCUCCCUGCCCCACCUGUGUUCAGGGGGCCUGUGAUGCUGUGACAGGGGAAUGUGUCUGCAGUGCUGGCUACUGGGGGCCCAGCUGCAACAAUUCCUGCCCAUCUGGCUUCUAUGGAAACAACUGCUCAGUGCCCUGUGAAUGCGAAGAAGGAUCCUGCCACCCUGUCUCUGGGGCCUGCCAGCUAGGCCCUCGCAGUCAGGACGCCGCCCUCAUCGCCGGCAUUCUUGUGCCUCUGCUGCUGCUGCUUCUGGGCCUCGCCUGCUGCGCCUGCUGCUGCUGGGCUGCCCGUUUGGACCCCAAGGACAGGCCAGUGAGAGAUGGAACUGCUGUGUCCAGGAUGAAGCUGCAGGUCUGCGGGGCACUGGCCAGCUUGGGCUCUGUGCUGCCCUGUGGUUCCCUCGGCACCCACAAACUACCCUGGGUGACAGUCUCGCACCACGACCCGGAGAUCCCCUUCAACCACAGCUUCAUUGAGCCGCCCUCUGCUGGCUGGGCCUCUGACGACUCCUUCUCUUCUGAUCCCGAGUCUGGAGAGGAGGACGAGGGCCCUGCCUACUGCGUGCCACCCCAAGAAGGGAUGGCCCCUGUGGCCCAAGAAGCGUCGUCAGAGGCCAGCCUGACUGGAGGCCCCUUCCCUCCCCCCGAGGAUGCCUCCACGCCAUUCGCCAUCCCACGCACCUCCAGCCUAGCCCGGGCCAAGCGGCCGUCAGUCUCCUUUGCUGAAGGCACCAAGUUUGCACCGCAGAGUCGCCGAAGCUCAGGAGAGCUCUCCAGCCCACUCCGAAAGCCCAAGAGGCUUUCCCGGGGUGCCCAGACAGGUCCUGAGGGCCAGGAGGCCGAGGAGUCCAUAGGCCCAGAGCAAGCAGAAACGGAUGAGGCCCCUCCUGCUGCUGCCAGCCCCAGGGAUUCAGCCACUGGCCGCCGGUGGGUUCCGCUCGGAGGCCGGACAGUGGCUGAGCGUGUGGAAGCCAUCGAGGGCAGUGUUCAGGAGAACUCAGGCUCUGUGACCACGAUCUACAUGCUGGCAGGGACGCCCCGGGGAUCUGAAGGCCCUGUCCGGUCUGUCCUCCGUCGUUUUGGUAGCUUCCAGAAAGGCCAGGCAGAGCCCAAGGUCAAGAGUGCCAUCCCUAAGCCUCCACGCCGGGCCCUGAGUCGGAACAAGGGCAGCCCAGGGCUGGCCUCCGGUUCUCCCAGCCAGAGCCUCAACUCAGCCCCAAAUGCCGAGCUCACUGGGGCCGUGGAGUCAACAGGGGUCAGAUCAGAGGAAAUGGCCAGGGGGCUGGGGACUGGCGCUGAGAGCUCAGGGAGGGCCCAGGAGCUGGUCUCUGGGGGUAGCCCCCCAGAACAGGAUCCCCAGAAGCAGGCUGAAGAGGAAGGGCAGGAGGAGCCCCAGUAUGAGAAUGUUGUACCCAUCUCUGGGCCACCAGAGCCCUGAGGACUUUGAAUUUGGGGAGUGGGAAGACUAUGGAUGGGCCCAGGGGAACUGCCGAUGGAUCAGAUUGUGCCUUGUGCUGGAAAAUGAUCCCAGGGCCAGAACAGACACACCAGAGCCUCUGCCUUCCCACAGAGAAAAGGCAAGGGUUGGAGGCCAGUUGGCUCUGGGCCCUGGCGGUACUCCAGGAGUGGGUCUGGAAGGCCUGGGCAGAGACCCCGCAGGACGGGGUCAGGAAGGGGGAAGAGAUGGCUGCAGGGACUUUUCCUCUGUUGUCCUGGACUCUGUUAGCCCCAAAGAGCUAUUCUUUCUUUCAUUUGCAAAAAUAUUUUGGGAAACAACCUAAAUGUUUGAUGAUAAAAGAUUGGUUAAACAAAUAUUUCUUAUAAUAUAUUACUACACAACCACUAAAGAUCAUGUUGUGCAAGAAUAUUUAAUAUGGGAGAAUGUUCGUGCUAUGCUGUCAAGUGUGUAAAAAGGAUUAAUAAGUUACAAGUUAGGGUAUACAGGACAGUUCCAUUGUUUUCUUUUUAUAAACUAUUUCUUUUUGCCUUUGGAUACAUGUUUAGAAGUCUCCCUUUUGUGUAUAUUUUGUGAUUGUCUAAUGAACUUUUUUUUUAAA